GUGCCAGAACAACGGUUUCUUUUUCUCCGUUUUCUCCCAGAACUAAUAACGUUUCGUUUUGGUUAGAAUGGCCAGGACCAAGCAGACCGCCCGUAAAUCCACCGGUGGCAAAGCCCCCCGUAAGCAGCUGGCUACCAAAGCUGCCCGGAAGAGCGCGCCUGCCACUGGGGGAGUGAAGAAACCUCAUCGCUACCGACCAGGUACCGUAGCCUUGCGAGAGAUCCGCCGCUACCAGAAAUCUACUGAGCUGCUCAUCCGCAAGCUGCCCUUCCAGCGCCUGGUCCGUGAAAUCGCCCAGGACUUCAAAACCGAUUUACGCUUCCAGAGUUCGGCCGUUAUGGCCCUGCAGGAGGCCAGCGAAGCCUACUUGGUGGGGCUCUUUGAAGAUACUAACCUGUGUGCCAUUCACGCCAAGAGAGUCACCAUCAUGCCCAAGGACAUUCAGUUGGCCCGGCGUAUCCGUGGCGAGAGAGCUUAAAGGCUGCUCAGCCAUCUUCCAAAUGACCCAAAGGCUCUUUUAAGAGCCACUACAUUUACACUUAAAGAAGUUGUAGCAUGCCUAUAAGUGUUGUUCGGAGAUGGUACACUAUUGUAGGUAAGCUGCUUUCUAAUAUAAUGAAUGGCGUUUUCCAGUUCUGUAAAAUGCACGUAUUCCCUGUUAACUUCUAAAGGAAAACUGAAAUAUAAAGUUGCUAUUUAAAA